CCCCCGUCCCCGGAACCGGCGGUCUAGCGGCGGCAGCCGAGCCUGUGGCACGGCUCUCUCCCCGCGGAGCCGCCGGUAUGAACGCAUCCCGCCGCCCCGCGUCCCCGACCCGGUCCUUUUGACAAGAGGAGUAAGAAGAUUGCUAUUGAAUUACAACCAUGGUGCAGAAAUACCAGUCCCCAGUGAGGGUGUAUAAGCACCCCUUUGAGUUAAUUAUGGCUGCCUAUGAGAGGAGGUUUCCUACAUGUCCUUUGAUUCCAAUGUUUGUGGACAGUGACACCGUGAGCGAAUUCAAGAGUGAGGAUGGGGCUAUUCAUGUCAUCGAGAGGCGCUGCAAGCUGGAUAUUGACGCUCCCAGGCUGUUGAAGAAGAUUGCAGGAGUCGAUUAUGUUUAUUUUGUCCAGAAAAACUCCCUGAAUUCUCGAGAACGCACUUUGCACAUCGAGGCGCACAACGAGACGUUUUCUAACCGGGUCAUCAUCCAUGAGCACUGCUGUUACACGGUUCACCCUGAGAAUGAAGACUGGACCUGCUUCGAACAGUCUGCAAGUUUAGAUAUCAAAUCCUUCUUUGGUUUUGAAAGUACAGUGGAAAAAAUUGCCAUGAAACAAUAUACCAGCAACAUUAAAAAAGGGAAAGAAAUCAUCGAAUACUACCUGCGGCAGCUGGAGGAGGAGGGCAUUACCUUCGUGCCCCGGUGGACCCCGCCCUCUCUGGGACCCUCAUCAGAGACAUUGUCAUCAAGCAAGGGUCAAGCCACAUCUGCAGCUGUCCUUGUCCCAGAUGCUGCUGCCCUCAGGGAGGGGCUGAGUGGGGAAGGCCUCAACAGCCCGGGCACAGCAUCUGAGCCUGUGGUGGGAACCCCUGACGACAAGCUAGAUGCCGACUACAUCAAGAGAUACUUGGGUGACCUGACCCCUCUCCAGGAGAGCUGCCUCAUCAGACUGCGCCAGUGGCUCCAGGAGACGCACAAGGGCAAAAUCCCGAAGGAUGAGCAUAUUCUGCGGUUUCUGCGUGCCCGAGAUUUUAAUAUUGACAAAGCCAGAGAGAUCAUGUGCCAGUCUCUAACUUGGCGGAAGCAGCACCAGGUGGAUUACAUCCUGGACACCUGGACUCCACCCCAGGUCCUUCAGGAUUACUACGCUGGCGGCUGGCAUCACCAUGACAAAGACGGGCGACCGCUGUAUGUGCUCAGACUGGGGCAGAUGGACACCAAGGGCUUGGUGCGAGCCCUCGGAGAGGAAGCCCUGCUGCGAUACGUCCUUUCCAUAAAUGAAGAAGGCCUAAGACGAUGUGAAGAAAAUACCAAAGUCUUCGGCCGGCCGAUCAGCUCGUGGACCUGCCUGGUAGACCUUGAAGGACUGAACAUGCGCCAUCUGUGGAGACCUGGAGUCAAAGCUUUGCUGCGCAUCAUCGAGGUGGUGGAGGCCAACUACCCGGAGACGCUGGGCCGCCUCCUCAUCCUCCGAGCCCCUAGGGUCUUCCCUGUCCUCUGGACACUGGUUAGUCCAUUUAUUGACGACAACACCAGAAGGAAAUUCCUCAUUUAUGCGGGAAAUGACUACCAGGGCCCUGGAGGCCUGCUGGAUUACAUCGAUAAAGAAAUAAUUCCAGAUUUCCUGAGCGGGGAGUGCAUGUGUGAUGUACCAGAGGGUGGACUGGUCCCCAAAUCUCUGUACAGGACUGCAGAGGAGCUGGAAAAUGAGGACCUGAAGCUCUGGACAGAGACCAUCUACCAGUCUGCCAGCGUGUUCAAAGGAGCCCCACAUGAGAUUCUCAUUCAGAUUGUGGACGCUGCCUCUGUGAUCACCUGGGAUUUUGAUGUGUGCAAAGGGGACAUCGUCUUUAAUAUUUAUCACUCCAAGAGGUCUCCCCAGCCACCCAAAAAGGAUGCGUUGGGAGCCCACAGCAUCACUUCUCCAGGUGGGAACAAUGUGCAGCUCAUAGACAAAGUGUGGCAGCUGGGCCGGGACUACAGCACGGUGGAGUCGCCACUGAUCUGCAAAGAAGGAGAGAGCGUGCAGGGCUCCCAUGUGACCAGGUGGCCAGGCUUCUACAUCCUGCAGUGGAAGUUCCACAGCAUGCCAGCGUGUUCCGCCACCAACCUCCCCCGAGUGGAUGACGUGCUGGCCUCCCUGCAGGUCUCCUCCCACAAGUGCAAAGUGAUGUACUACACAGAAGUGAUCGGGUCCGAGGAUUUCAGAGGCUCCAUGACCAGCCUGGAGUCCAGCCACAGUGGAUUCUCACAGCUGAGUGCCGCCACCACCUCCUCCAGCCAAUCACACUCCAGCUCCAUGAUUUCCAGCGAAUGACUUGUAUGACAGACAUCCUGCAGAGACGAGCCGCCUCCUCCACGGAACCGAAGCUGCAGCAGGCAGCCCUUAAGCUGCACCGGAGUCCUCGUGGCUCCCUGUUAGUGGAGGUGGCCUGUGGAUUCACGACAGCCCUUGAGGUCCCUUUCCUCUGAGGACUUGGCAGCCUACAGGAGCACCCGGUCCUGGGGCGGAGCCAGUCGCUCCUAAGCAGACAUGCUGCCCAGGAGGGACUCUCAGGCUCCCCACAACUCCCGAUAACACCGCCAUCAUUAAACAUUGCUUUCUCUUUCCUCCUCUUCAAAUCUUUUGAUAUUUUUCAGAGCAAAAUUUUUCUGUCCAUGAACUUGGGAAAGGGGAGGGUUCUAUUCUCUGCUGAAUGCUGCUUUUCCUCCUGCAGGUGGGCAGCUCUGUGCCCACCAGCACCUAGGGUCCCCAGCCCUUAGCACCCAGUGUCUUCAGCUCUCAGCACCCAAGAUCCUCAGCCCUCAGCACCCAGGGUCCCCAGCCCUCAGCACCCAGGGUCCCCAGCCCUCAGCACCCAGGGUCUUCAACCCUCAGCACCCAGGAUCCUCAGCCCUCAGCACCCAGGGUCCCCAGCCCCAUAGCUCCCAGGAUCCUCAGCCCUCAGCACCCAGGGUCCUCAGUCCUCAGCACCCAGGGUCCCCAGCCCCAUAGUUCCCAGGAUCUUCAGCUCUCAGCGGGUGUUGGAAGUAGUGGAUGACACUUCCUUUUGGAAGUGUGGCAAAAGAGACCCCAACAAUGCUCUCCAGGGUGGCGCAUGGCUUGUAGUGGCCUUGGGUGUGUGAUGGAUGUUGGGGUGUGUGCAGGUGCCGUUUGUGUGCAUGAGGGACGGGGGGGGAGCAUGGUGGAUCUUAAUUUGUUUUAUCAGCAUUUUAUAGAAGCAGACCAGAGGCUGGCUGGCUUUGUCUUUUUCUUUCUGAUCCCCACCUCCCAAAGCCUGCUGUCUGAGCAGGCCCUGACUUCACAGCUUUUAUGGGAAAGCUUGAUGCUUACAGAGCUGUCUGGAAGUUGCAGGUGGCUGGUCUCCAUGAGAAGGGUCUGGGAUCUCUGUGUGUGUGUGUGUGUGUUAAACAUGUCUAAAGAUGGGUGCCAAAUCCACACGGCCAUGAAUGUGUACAACAGGUGUGGAAUCAUGUGUUGAUGCCGCUUGGAGGCAUAGAUGGAUAUGUGUGUGAGCUUUGUAGAGCUGUGGCAUGUCAGCAAGCAUGAGGAGAGACUCCACAGCAGCCUAGCUUGGCCAGUGAGCCUGCUGGCUCCCGGCACUCAACGAAUGCUCAGGCCUCACGUUGCUGGCCUCUUUGGCCCUUUGCCAUGCAUUCCCUGUGCAUGGGGGCAGCCAUUUCUAGACAGCAUAGAAGGGGCUGUAGUUACUGCGUCCACGCUGCUUCCAGUUAGGGCUUCCCAGCUCCAAGUUAAAGGACCUGAAGAUGGCCCUGCUCUCUCUCUCUCUCUCGCUCUCUCUCUCCUCUCUCCUCUCUCCCUCUCCUCUCUCCCUCUCCCUUUCCCUCUCUCUGUGUCUCAGAUGGCGAUUUUGCUGACAGCCUCCAAGAAAACGCUUCACGCGACAGUCCACAUGUGCCCAGAGAUGCUUAUGGGACUGUUUGAGUCGCAGCCAUGUCUCAGGCUGAAGAUCUGUCCCCUUAGUCCAUUCAGAAGUGGCCCUGCUCAGACCCUCAGAACUGAGCUGAGCACAUGACCGGGCACUCACAGGCCUCCAGCCGCCUCAGGCCACAGGGCACUGGCUGCCUUGGGAGGGUGACUGGGUGUGAUGCGAGUGUGUGCCUUGCAGAGCCUCUUGUCACAGUGCCCGGCACGUGUCCUAAAAUGCUGCUGUCUCGCCCUCCCACCCAGUCCCAGCUCUCUGGGUUCCCCCUCUGUUACUAGUGUCUUAAUUCACUCUCCUUCCUGAACCCAUUAUUUGCAUAUCAGAUUCUGUAAAUGUUUUAUAAACAUAUUACCUCACUCUUGGUAAUACAAUAUUGAUAGUCUUUAAAAGAUUUUUUAUUGUUACAAUAAUAAAUGUGAACUGUUUAA